AUGAAUGUCUCAGGAUUCGCCGUGCGGCCCUGCCUUCGCCGAACCGCACACACUGCGGGACUCGCGUCAAAGUUGGCAGGUCGCCAGCAAUCCGCUGUCCCCUCUUUACCAACGGCUGCUUCAUGCCGUCGGGCUCCUUUUUCGAUGUCGGCCCCUGUCCUCUGCGCGACUCCCAAGACCCCCGGCACCCCACCCCCGGCGCAAGCUAACAGCUCCGACUCGUCUAUAGACAAGUAUACCGCAGGCCUGCGCCAGAACAAGGAAUGGGCUUCCCAGACCGCGCGCGAGAACCCUGAACUCUUUCCGACCCUAGCGACCGGCCAGCAGCCCCAGAUCCUGUGGCUCGGCUGCUCAGACUCCCGCUGCCCUGAGACCUCUAUGCUGGGUCUACAACCCGGUGAUGUUUUCGUCCACCGCAACAUCGCCAACAUCCUUCAUGCCGGUGACCUUAGCUCCGGUGCUGUCAUUGAGUAUGCCGUGAAGCACCUGCGCGUCAAGCACAUCGUCGUCUGUGGCCACACCUCCUGCGGUGGUGUCGCCGCCGCCAUGGGCAACAAGCAGCUGGGCAUCUUGGACCCCUGGCUGUUGCCUCUGCGUCAGGUGCGCGAGCGUAACCUGUCCCUGCUCCAGUCCCUGUCGACCGAGGAGGCUGCGCUGAAGCUGGUCGAGCUGAACGUGCGCGAGGGCCUGAAUGUGGUCACUCAAAAGGACGUUGUCUUGAGUGCCAUCCAGGAGCGUGGCCUUCAGGUCCAUGGACUCAUCUACGAUGUGGCCUCCGGCGUGUUGCGCGAGCUUGACACCUCGGAUUCCGAGGAUGCGAUUCGAGCUCGCUUGGUCGCCUUUAAGACCGAAGCUUAG